AUGCUGCUGGCGGGUGGCAUUGGCCCUGGCAUCGCCGCGGCGAAGGCGCUGGCACCGUGGGGUGCCCGGACCCCCCCAGCCGUGCGGGGCAGCCCCGGGGCGCAGGGGGGCUGCAGCCCCGCUGCCGGGGUGCCCCCACCCAGGAUUCCCCCACCCGGGGUGCCCUGUGGCACGGCCGGUGCUGGCCUGGCUGUGGGCGCAGCCGUCCAGCGAGAUUUUGGGGAGGACGGCGGAGCCUCCGGGCGGGACAGGCUCCGCUCCCUGGGGCACCUCAGACCUCCCAGCAGCAGCGAGGGGCUGGGGCCCCCCGGUGCCCCCAGGGAAGGACACCUCCCCGGGAGCCCAGCGGCGGGCGAAGGGCGGCGGAGAGCUCAGGAGACCUCGCCGAGGACCGAGGGGACCCGCAUCAGCCAGGACCUGGUGGGGGGCAGCCUGGCCAUCGACACGCUGCCGGCCAACGAGACGCGGAUCGUGGAGGACAACCACAGCUACUACGUGUCGCGGAUCUACGGGCCGGGGGACGCCCGCCUGAGGGGGCUGUGGGUCGACAUGGCAGCGGCCAACAGGAGCCAAGUGAAGAUCCACGGGAUCCUGUCCAACACACACCGGCAGGCCUCGAGAAUCGUCCUCUCCUUUGACUUCCCCUUCUACGGCCACCUCCUGCGGCAGGUCACGAUAGCGACGGGUGGUUUUAUCUUCAUGGGGGACGUCAUCCACCGGAUGCUCACGGCCACGCAGUACAUCGCACCCCUCAUGGCCAACUUCAACCCCAGCUACUCCCGCAACUCCACCGUCCAGUACUUGGACAACGGGACGGUUUUCGUGGUGCAGUGGGACAAGGUCUAUCUUCAGGGGAAGGAGGACAUGGGCAGCUUCACCUUCCAAGCGGCCCUGCACAGCACCGGGAGAAUCGUCUUUGGGUACAAGGAGAUCCCUGUGCCGGUCCUACAGAUCAGUGCCACCCAGCACCCCGUGAAAGCUGGCCUCUCCGAUGCCUUCAUGAUCCUCAACCCAUCUCCCGAUGUGCCUGAGUCCCGCCGUCGGACCAUCUACGAGUAUCAUCGCGUGGAACUGGACACCAGCAAGAUCACCAACAUGUCAGCCGUGGAGUUCACCCCGCUGCCCACUUGUCUCCAGCAUCAGAGCUGUGAAAUGUGUGUGACCUCGGAGCUGACCUUCAACUGCAGCUGGUGUCAUGUCCUGCAGAGAUGUUCCAGCGGCUUUGACCGAUACCGUGAGGAGUGGCUGUCCUACGGCUGUGGCCAGAAGUCAGAUGAGAAGACCUGCGAGGAUUUAGCAGAAGGCGACCACUAUUCAGCACCUCCUGGCAGCUCUUUCUCACCGCUGGAUGAGGACAUCACCACCUCCACGUCCUCACUCUUCAUUGACAGCCUCACUACAGAAGAUGAUACGAAGCUCAAUCAGUAUGCAGGAAGCGAAGGUGUGGGAAGCAGCCUUCCUUCCAAGAAAGCAGGCGCCCCGAUUCACACGGGUACUAUCGUGGGGAUCGUUCUGGCUGUGUUGCUCAUUGCAGCUAUUAUCCUGGCUGGGAUUUACAUCAACAGCCACCCCACCUCCAACGCUGCCCUGUUCUUCAUUGAGCGAAGGCCACAUCGCUGGCCUGCCAUGAAAUUCCGAAAUCACACCAACCAUGCAACGUACUCGGAGGUGGAGCCGGCCAGCCAGGAGAAGGAGGGUUUUGUUGAAGCAGAACAAUGCUGA